CAAUGGCUGCAGAUGCAUCGCAAAGGAAGGCUCUGAGAUAUCAGCAGACCCUGCUGUACGGAGAGUACAGAGAGCAACUGGGAAACUUUGCCCGACGGGAGGCUGCCCGUCUGCUGACAGAAAGACAAUGGAGAAGACAAGCAGGGGAAAACAGCCCAGACCACAGAGGCCACAGCCAGCGGCAUCUUCAUCAUCACCCUGUGACCUUGGAGUCACAUCAAAGCCAUGCCAAGCCUCGUCCCUACUCCAAAUGCCAAGACUGUUUGGCUCGUGUGCGGCGGUACAUAGUGACAAAGAUGGGGGAGGACUGGAUCUUUUUGGUUCUUCUGGGGCUGACUAUGGCUCUGGUCAGCUGGACUAUGGACUAUGCCAGUGCCAGGAGUUUGCAAGCCUACAAAUGGAUACAUGGAGAGCUUAAGGGCAAUGUGCCACUCCAGUACCUUGCCUGGGUAACAUAUCCAAUAAUCCUUGUCGUCUUUGCUUCUCUCUUCUGUCACCUGGUUUCUCCGCAGGCCAUUGGUUCUGGUAUCCCAGAGCUGAAAACCAUCUUGAGAGGUGUAGUCCUAAAGGAGUAUCUGACUCUCAAAGCCUUCAUAGCGAAAGUCAUUGGCUUGACUGCUGGUCUGGGCAGUGGGAUGCCAGUGGGCAAAGAGGGUCCAUUUGUUCACAUUGCUAGCAUCUGUGCUGCUGUGCUGAGCCGAUUCAUGUCCAUCUUCUCUGGAGUCUAUGAGAACCCUUAUGGUUACACAGAUAUACUGACUGUUGGCUGUGCCGUGGGGGUGGGAUGCUGUUUCGGCACUCCUCUAGGAGGGGUGCUGUUCAGUAUUGAGGUCACGUCUACCUACUUUGCUGUGAGGAAUUACUGGCGGGGAUACUUUGCAGCCACAUUCAGCGCUUUCAUAUUCAGGGUGCUCUCUGUCUGGAACAAGGAUGCUGUCACGAUCACAGCUCUAUUCAAAACUAACUUCCGGAUGGAUUUCCCUUUUGACCUGCAGGAGCUACCAGCGUUUGCAAUUAUAGGGAUCUCAUGUGGCUUCCUGGGAGCAUUCUUUGUUUACCUGAACAGACAGGUGGUUCUUUUCAUGAGAAGACCAACAGCUCUCACACGUUUUCUAACCAAGCAUCGUUUGAUCUAUCCAGGUGCAGUGACGCUGAUCAUCGCCACCUUUACAUUUCCUCCUGGGUUUGGACAGUUUAUGGCCGGAGAGCUGAUGCCCAGAGAGUGUAUCAACUCCCUUUUCGAUAAUUUCACCUGGACCAAAAUCUCAGGGUCCACUGCUCCUCCUGGCCUCGGGCGCUCCUCUGCAUGGCUUCAUCCUCAUGUCAGCGUCUUUGUCAUCCUCCUCCUCUUCUUUGUCAUGAAGUUCUGGAUGUCAGCAGUUUCCACCACAAUGCCCAUCCCCUCGGGGGCCUUUAUGCCAGUGUUUAUAUUAGGAGCUGCUUUCGGUCGCCUUGUUGGGGAGAUCAUGGCCACUCUUUUCCCAAAUGGGAUAUUGUUUGAUGGGAUAGUCUACCGCAUACUGCCGGGAGGUUACGCUGUCAUUGGUGCAGCAGCAAUGACAGGCGCCGUCACACAUACAGUUUCCACUGCAGUAAUCUGCUUUGAACUAACCGGUCAAAUCUCCCACAUCUUACCCAUGAUGGUGGCGGUCAUUCUAGCCAACAUGGUGGCCCAGGGUCUGCAGCCUUCUCUGUAUGACUCCAUCAUCCAGGUGAAGAAGUUGCCCUACCUGCCUGAGCUGGCCCUCGGGCACAUCAGUAAGUAUAACAUCUUUGUGGAGGACAUCAUGGUGCGCAAAGUGAAAUUCUUGUCUUCUCAAUCCACCUUUCGGGAAUUAAACCACCUGCUAGAGACAACAACCCUGAAAACCAUCCCGCUGGUCGACUCUAAAGAAUCAAUGAUUCUCCUUGGCUCCAUUGAGAGGACAGAGCUCCAGGCUGUCUUAGACUGGUGGCUCUCACCAGAAAGGCGAGUCUUUGAAAGGGGUCAGAGUUCACCAGGCCACAUCUCCAAAGUCAGUUGGGAGUCCUUCACCUUUGUAGACGAGGAGGGAGAAGAGGGCACAGACAAGACUGCAGCUCCUGUGCAAGAGGAAUGUAAUGGACCCAUCUCAUCCCCCAAGCCCCAGGAGCCCUCCACCAACCACACAGACUCAGACAAACGGAAGCUGCCAUCUGUCAGAAAGACCCUUCAGAGACUCUUCUCCUCCACAUCUUCAUCAGGCCAGACUGAAACUCAGGAAGCCUCCACUUCCACACCACCGCUGACUGACACCAUGUCCCCAGAGGAGAUUAAAGCCUGGGAAGAGGCAGAGCUGGACAAACCAAUCGAUAUGGAGCAGAUACGUAUAGAUCCCUCCCCAUUUCAGCUGGUUGAAAGAACAUCUUUGCACAAGACCCACACUCUGUUCUCCCUGCUGGGUCUCAGUCACGCCUAUGUCACCAGCAUUGGAAAGCUGGUGGGUGUUGUGGCACUGAAAGAGUUACAGAAAGCGAUAGAGGGCUCAACUCGCAGUGGGGUGAGGCUUCGUCCACCUCUGGCCAGCUUCAGAGAUGCCAGCAGAAAAACAAAGAAGCACCAGCCUCCAUCAUCUGCUGCUUCCUCACCCACGCGGGAUAGGGACCUGUGGGGGGAGGAGAGCAGAAGGGAGGGGGAGCUGGUAAGGAAGGAGUCCAGGGAAGAUUCCCGAGGGAAGAUGUCAUCUUUCAGAGGAGUUCCCGAGUCUGAUACAACUCCCUCCUCCGCCAGCAGUAUAAGUAGCACCAUCGGCUGCUCCACCACAGCAAGCAGAGCUGACGGUGCUGCUCAGGAGGCAGCUUCCCCCUCCACCUCCUCACCAAUGUCCCCUUCACUUCCUUCCUCCUCUGUGUCUCACACCAGUCCUGUCCUUACGUUGUCUUCACUGCAGGAGGACAGGGAGAGUGAGGAAUCAGAUGAGCCUAUAUAGGAGGACUGAGUCUGAAGAAAAAACUGGUCUUUUGUCUUUUGUCCAGAGACAGAGCUUCAGUGUUAGUGAAGAAGUUGGGCCUCCUGCAGCCCUCACAAACAUUCAGCUCUCAGCGUGCAGGACGAGCUGGUACAUGCUAUGCCUUUGAAACUUGUAGUACAGGGUAGUUUUUUCUACUCUCACAACAGUCUCACUUUUUCACUCUCAGGUGCCUUCCUGUGCUUUGUGAACUGCACAUAUUCAGUCCCACAUAUGACUGUUGUUCCAACUCCAUCCCUGUCUUGGAAAUAUUGAAUGUCACUGAUCACUGUAUUUAUCAAUAUUUAUUCAUUUUAUUAAGUACAGAUGGGAUACUGUCAACUGACAGCAAUGAUGUGUAUAACAAUUAAUUACUAUAUCCUUAAAGGCUUAAUUAAUUUGGCCUGAAGGUCAAAGAGAUCACUCAUUUAAAGUUUACUGAUUGAAGUUGAAUUUAAAUAAGAUUCUAUGCAUAUUUCCUCAUAGAAAAUAUUUCAAUCAUUAUCAGCAGUUUGUAAUUUUUAAAGAUAAUAAAAUUAAAACAGUCUAAUGAUGUAUUUGAAUUGUUUAAAGUUUGCUUAAUUUAUUAGCUUGAAAAAAAUUCUUACAUUACUCUUUUUGAAAAGUUAGUGUUAUCUUCUUGGGCACUGCAUUUUAGUACAGCUGGAAGGAACUUUUAAUUCUGUUUUAUGUUACUAUAAAUUAAUGCUUUACUGUAUUAUGGAGCAAAAUAUUGUACUUUUUACUCUUAUAUUCAGUAGUUGCUUGGUGGAUUGGAGGAUUGCACACCCUCACAGAAAUAAGAAAUACAGCAACAAAUAUUGGCCAUUUUACAUUUUACACUUACUGGAGCAUCUGUAGUGUAAAAGAUUCAUAUGCAGCCACAACAGCUUUUCACCUCCCCCUCAUGCUGGUCACCGAACAUUUUGUUGUGAGAUAGCUUUCAUACCUCAGCCAGGAGUUGUUGAAGGUUAACCAGUGUGGUGUGUUGGUCACACUGGCAUGUAUAGCUCAUCCAAGCUGACCCCACAAGGGUUUAAUUGGGUUUAGGUCUGGACUCAUAGCAGGCCAUUUCAGCCUCUCCUCUCCAAAAUUCUGGGGGUACUCUGUGGUGAUCCUGGCUCUGUGGGGGAGAGUGUUGUCAUCCUGGAGGAUGAAGUUAGGUCCCAGAAUCUGGAGAUAUGGGAUCACCGCUAGCUCCAAAAUAUCAUUUCUAUAUCAAUCAGGUACCAGUCAUAUAUAUGUGACUGGCAGCACUUAAAUCUCAAAAAGAGAGUGAAUACCAAGGGGACAAUAUGGCAGUGGAUUGUGGCACUUUUUGUGGGCUCUGCCACACAAUUAGCUGUGUUGAUCAUUUCAUAGAAGCACAAUCCUUUCAAGUUAUACCUCAUUGGAAAGAUGACCAAUCGGGCUUUUCAAUGAUGUAUAACACAACAUUGUUAUUUUUAAAGGAGAGAAAUAAUUGACCAAAUACAAAUGUCCUUACUUUUUGUCCUCAGUUUAUAUAAUAAAAAUGUACUUUUAAAAUAAGCAAAGUGCUACUUUGCAUGCUAAAUAUUUUAUGUUUUGAGUAUGUUUGGCUUGAGUAUUUUUAUAGAGGGAUCUUGGUACUUUUAAUACAUGUUCCAAACACAGAACAGAAUCAUUUAGUGGAGUUUUACAUUUCUAAGCCUUUCAAAAUUCUUUCUGUUUCUGCUGUUUGCAAAUUUUCCAAUAAAAAUAAAUAGAUAAACUUAAACAGAUGAGAUGAAAAUGUAUUUGACCAUUUAUUUAUUUAGGAUAAUGAUCCAUUAAUACAUGUAUGUGAGUUGUGAAGGUGUGUAAACCUCUGAUGUGCUGACAGUCACAGGAAUAGGAAGAAGCAAGGAAGAAGCCACUGCUCAACAAAAAGAAUAUUUCUGCUAUCACGAACAGAAGCAAGAAGUCUGUAAGAAAAAUGUUUCAUAGCUGGGUGAGACCAAAAUAGAAACUUUAGUUUAAACUAAAAAUGU